AUGAUCUGGCUAUCCGAAAGACAAAAGUUUGGUGUUGGUUUCACAGCAGGUGGAAUCUUUUUCUUCUUAUUUGGAAUCUUGACAUUUUUUGACUCCGGCUUCCUUGCCUUGGGCAACUUGCUCUUCAUAAUAGGCCUCAUUCUUAUAAUUGGCCCACAGCGCACAAUUUCCUUUUUCACGCGUCCAACAAAGAUUAGGGGCACAGUCUGUUUUGCAUUGGGUAUAAUAUUGAUCUUGUUGAAAUGGUCAUUUGUCGGGUUUGUGUUGGAAAGUUUUGGAAUAUUGGGCUUGUUUGGUGAUUUCUUUGGCACUAUUGUCCAGUUUUUGAGAUCUAUUCCUUACAUUGGUGAUGUUUUGAGUCAUCCUUUGGUUGCACCGACUAUUGAUAGGUUGGCGGGUAUUAAUAACACAUUGCCGGUAUGA